CCGGGGCGGAUGGUGCUUUAUAAGCAGGCGGGCGGGCUGUGGCCCGGUUGAGUUGCGGCCUCCGGCGCCUGCUCCAGUCCAGCCCAGACCAGCCAUGUCGGGGCCCGCGGCCGCGCCGGGCUCGGGCACCCCCAAGGCACUGCCGUCGUCGGGGCCGCGCUCGCUGCGGGACAUGCCGCACCCGCUGGCGCCGGCGGCCAGCGAGGAGGCGGCGGCCGCGCUCAGCCCCAGCCCGGACCUGCCGCUGCCCCGCAGCAUCGCCGACAAGGAUCUCAGUCUGCCCAAUGGCACACCUGUAGACACUUCUAGCCCAGCCUCCUCAUCCUCACUUCUCAACAGAUUGCAGUUGGAUGAUGACCUAGAUGGGGAAACUAGAGACCUUUUUGUCACAGUUGAUGAUCCUAAAAAACAUGUCUGCACGAUGGAGACCUACAUAACAUACAGGGUUACUACAAAGACCACAAGGGCAGAGUUCGAUUUGCCAGAAUAUUCAGUACGCCGGCGGUAUCAGGAUUUUGAUUGGUUGAGGAAUAAGCUGGAAGAAUCGCAGCCCACCCAUCUCAUUCCCCCUCUUCCUGAAAAGUUUGUCAUGAAAGGAGUUGUUGAUAGAUUUUCUGAAGAAUUUGUGGAAACAAGGAGAAAAGCUUUAGAUAAAUUCUUGAAAAGAAUUGCAGAUCAUCCAGUGCUUUCCUUUAAUGAGCACUUCAAUGUGUUUCUCACAGCCAAGGAUCUUAAUGCCUACAAAAAGCAAGGAAUGGCAUUGCUCUCCAAGAUGGGAGAGUCGGUCAAAUAUGUCACAGGAGGUUAUAAACUAAGAAGUCGACCACUGGAAUUUGCCGCCAUGGGAGAGUAUCUAGAUGUAUUUGCUCUAAAGCUUGGAACAAUUGACCGAAUAGCACAGCGGAUUAUCAAGGAGCAGUUGGAAUACUUGGUGGAACUAAGAGAGUAUGGACCAGUUUACUCAACUUGGGGUGGGUUGGAGGUAGAGUUAGGAGAACCCUUGGAAGGUGUGUCUGCCUGCAUCGGCAAUUGCUGUACAGCACUUGAGGAACUGAGUGAAGACAUGACGGAGGACUUCCUGCCUGUACUCCGGGAGUACAUUUUGUACUCGGAAUCCAUGAAGAAUGUGCUGAAGAAGAGAGACCAAGUUCAAGCAGAGUAUGAAGCAAAAUUGGAAGCUGUGGCCUUGAAAAAAGAAGACCGUCCAAAGGUGCCAACAGAUGUGGAAAAAUGUCAGGACCGAGUAGAGUGCUUCAAUGCUGACCUGAAAGCGGACAUGGAGAGAUGGCAGAACAGCAAACGCCAAGACUUCAGGCAGCUGCUUAUGGGAAUGGCAGACAAAAACAUCCAGUACUAUGAGAAGUGCCUUACGGCGUGGGAAUCAAUUAUACCACUAUUACAAGACAAGCCAGAGACCAAAUAAGAAGCCUCUUCAUGGACCCUUCUAGCCACAUGUGCUUAGUACCACUAAACGACAUACUGGAACUAUCCAAUGCACUACUUUGUUGUGAUAAAUGCCAGCUGUGCUCGAUUUGGAACAGACCCAUUGAAAGCAGUUUUGAAUUUCCUCAUCUGUUUGUAUUUAAACCAGUGUUUCAUCUUUUGAGUUGCCUUGAAUGGUUCCUUUUCCAUCCUAUGGUGUGAUCCUGGGAUCAUAAUGGAAAUGCACAGGGAUUUUGAUAAAGAAAACUUACCUCUUUUCCUGGAAGGAACUAAUGAGUGGAACACUAAAAAGAUGAAAAUAAAACUCUACUGCAAGAUGCCAAUAUGACAUCUUUAUUACCAUCCUCUUUUGUUUCAUAAAUAAGGGUUACUUCUUAUGAAACAGCACUUUUCAACCACUCCUUGUAACCUUUUUGAUGCAGAGGUAAUGGUUGGAAGGGGAGGCCUUUUGGCUACUUUCUGUGAAUUCAGCUCUAGGACUACUUAAUUCAUAGGGAACUUUUCAUGGGGGAGUUGAGCUGGUCCUAGAGAAAAUAUACUGACACCUCCUGCAGAAAGCUUGUGAUGCAAGCAUGAACUGUGGUUUGUGAGUGUGGCAUGCUGUUGGUUCAUCUUGAAUAUCCAUGCUCGUUUGUUUACCUUGGUGACAUGAAGUAAUGUGUAUGUGGGACAGGUUUAGGGAUCAAAGGAGAGCGGAAGUGAGUUUAUGCUGUUGCCUAUCCAGUGCGAAUUGACAGGUGUGUACUUGCAGUUCUUUGUCUCCAAAGCUAGCUCAAAAAGGGUAUGACUUUUUUUCUGUAUGCUUUAACUUUGGAAGUGUCUAAGCAGAAUCCAGUGUUCUUCUGGCUUGAGUUGGUCAAGCUUUCCACUGUAGUAAAGAUGGAUUCUUGCAUUCUCGCUUCCUUUCUUUUUUCAGCAGCCAAAAGAUGUAUCAAGUGCUUGCUUCUAUACCAAGCAUUGUGCAUGUGUGAAACUGGCCUUAAACAUGUUGAGGUGGCAGGAAUAGUAAGUUUAAAUACCCCCAUGUUGCAAAUCCACCUCCUGUUUGGUGUUGGUGGCCUUAAUACCUUCCAAAGGAAGGAAUACUGCCAAGACUGGUUACAGAUGAUCUGAUCUAGCAGUGCAUGAAGAAUCUCAGUAUUUUGCACCUUUUUUACCCAUAGCAAUCUGGGGGGGGGGGGGGUUCUGUUUGCCAAAACAUUGGUGUAACAUCAGGCUUUGAAUAUGAGCAAAAGUUCUGCCUUUCUUGACUACUUGCUCAGUAGUUUUGAUAGGAAUUAUCACGUAAACCCAGGGAAUCCCAAAUCUGACUAAUUCAAAGGAAUUUUUCUAGUCACCUUUUUCAAUUAGGAUAUUGAGGUGGAGGGGAAAGGCACAAUAUUUAACUUUUUCUUUUAAAUGCUGUUCUCCCACAGAACAAUUUAGUUGAGCAGCACUUCUGCUGAGCAAACGAAGGCUUUUCUAAACAAGAACAAGGUUGAGGAGGGGAUGGAGCUGUCAUCAGCUGAAUAAAUCAACUUUUCAUUCCAAUUUUUUGUUUUCAAGUUUGUUAGAAAAAAUGGAGCAAAUAGUCUUGUAGUUGCAGGGUAUGUGGUCUCAAAAUUGUUGUAACUGUUUUAGAAGGUACUAUUAGCAAAGUACACUGCAGCCUUUGAGUAAGGAUUAUGGUACCAAGGUGGUGUGGUGUUCCAUAUAAACAUGUAGGUAAGAAUUUCACUUUCUUCAAAGGCAGCAGGAUUUUGUAAAGGCAUUUUUUGGGUUUGGUGCCCUAGAGUUGAGCAUGUAACUCUUACAGCCAAGCAAAACGAUUAUGUAAAUCGAUGUCUGAAGUGGCAAGAACCUUAAAUCUUUGGAAGGGAAGUUCUGAUCUGUUACUGGAGGUGGCUGCAGAUGAUGCAGUUCAUCAAUAGAUGCAAGUAUUGCCCGGUUUACUUGCUUGUUUUCCACCCUGCCCCCUUUUCCAAACCAAAACACUUUUAGCCUAAGCCAGUCUGGGAAAUUGGUGAAGGGCAGGAUGUUACUUCAUGAAUUAUUACAAGUGGUAACCACCUAGAAAUGUAAGGAAAACAAGAAUUCAAAUGACUACUGAAAUAACCAAGUAUAAACCCAUUGAAGAGCAACCUUGUUGCACAAUUUUUUUUCUUCUUCUUAAUGGGCACUUACAGUACCCUGAAAAAGGAGGUACUUAUGGGCUACUUUCUGGAUAUGUAGACUUGGUGUCACACAUGCUAUUUACUUAGUUCAAAUGAAAUAAGUGUUCCAUGUUGGUUAGAGACUGCAGAAUCCAAAUGGAAGGCUUGCCCUCCCCUUUUUUGUGAGCCUGAGGUUAACAUUGGGGUCUGAACUUCAUGGCUUGGCACCCUCCCACAGCAUUAAAUUUGCUUCUCAUCUCCCAGUUCCACAGCUGCCUGUCCUUUUGAGGGAGCAGGCCAUUCACUGCUGCUUCCAUCACUUCUGAUGUGUGCAAUUGUUUGGUUGCUGCAGUUCUUGACACUAGCCCACCUUGGCAAGCACUGUUUUUAGCACAGGCUUUCUUACUCUGUCCUGGUAUGUGUUUUGAGGCUUUUUUGUGGGUUUUUUUGUUUUUUGUGCGUUUUCUGUAUUGUCUACAUAAUCUUAUUAGGUUUUGACUGUUGCAAUAAACAUGGGAGAACUUUAAACACAAACUGCUCCUCAAUAAGACUCUAUGAAUCUAAAUAUGAGGGCACUUCAGGCAGCUCCACUGCCUAAUGCUCUUUCAUCCAAUAACUUCUGGUACUGUGUAGAUGUGCCAUAACUUCAUCUUUUACUUUCCUUGGCAAAAUCAUUUUUGGCUUCUUCAUAAUGUGACUCCCAUCCUGGAGGUGGGUGUCUAUGUGGUUGUGGGGAGGAGGCAAGGUGCAGAAUGUGAGGGAAUAAGAUAUGAGAGGCAAACUAAAUUCUAUCAGGACAGGUUAUAUUAAUUAUAGAAAUUGCUGAGUGGCUUCAUGCAUUAGCAAACAGCUUUCAACUUGGCUCAUCCCCAAGUGACAUUUGAUGGUCUGCAUCUCAAAACCACUGCACGUGAUUUGGCAUUAAUAGCAGCUGUUGACAUCACAUCAGCAAGGUCUACAGCUGGAGUUGGCAAUGCUGUAGCACUAUUUUUUGAGCUCUGUGGUGAUGCUUCUGUGUAGCACUUGUCCACAGUAUAUACUACUUGAUGCCCUCUAGUUCUGUAAAUGCUUCACAUACAUGAGCAGUUUCCCCUAAACUGAAUGGGAUGACUCUUGUAAUGUUGCUCAUGUGGUAUGUUUGCCGUUUUGAGCCCUAUUCACAAAUGGCCCGUAUAGCUGAAGGAAUCAUGCAAAAUUGAAUGAUGCUGCAGACUGUUAAUCCAAUCUUAGGUUAAUAAUAACAACGUUGGUCUUCAAUAGCUGGUGCUUCUGACCCACUGGUCUGUGUGUGCAGAACUGUGGGCACAUAUGCUGUGUCUCUUAGUUAAACUCAUCUGAUGUUCAGCUGCCUUUUAAACACUAAAGGUACAAAGAUAGUUUUCUUCAAUAUUUAAAAACUUUUUACUACAAACAAAUGAAGAACAUUUGAGGAGGGAAGUGUCUUUUUUUUUUUCUCCUUUUUAUUUAUUUAUUUUUUUUUAAGGGAAAGAUCUUGCUAAUAUUUGCCAAAUAUAUUUUUGAUAAUGUGAAACUAGGGACCAUCAGGAAAAAAAAACCUUUGUCUUUUUUUUAAUGUGAAGGCUUAAAUAUCAAUAUUUAAAAUGUAUUUUGGGCACUUUUUGAUUUUUGUAAAGAACUAAAUCAAUAUUGUGCUUGACAUACAUUGCUUUGCCAGGGCUCUUUGAUACAUAGAAAUAAGUUUAUAAUUAACAAUAUUUUAGUUUGGGAUUGAUUCAGAAAAAGCAGACAGUACUCAUUAGAGAGCAGCUCUUAAAGAGCUACAAGCUUUUGUAUAAGUCACUCUUGGAGAGAGUAAAUGCCAAAAACAUAUAAGUCAAAGGUGCCAAUGUCAUCCUGAACUUAAAUAGCUUGGGUCCUGAUUUUAUGGUCCUAGUAGUAGCUGAACCUUUUACAACACUGGUUUCCAUUGGGAAGAGGCUCUAGUCAUGCAGAUCCAGCACUGGGACCUGUUAUCUGCACAGCAUCUGAAUAGAUGAUGCUGAUUUUGGUUUAUGCAACAGUGAGCAAACUAGAGUAUUCCCCUAUCUCUGCUGUGUAUGGAACCUAGUCAGCACUGUCCUAUCUCUUCUAUUUCCUAUGGGCCUGCACUUGUAGCUCCCUAUCACAUUUAUGGGAGUUCAUGCCAAAAAACUGGCAACUGUUUUGGCAUGAAAUUGGAGUUCUGCCAGCACACUUAAGAAUUUGUCCCCUUCUUGCUUGGUGAGUACACACAUACUGAAGAUUAGUAACUCACUAGCUAGGUGUCCAACUAUAUACUAUAUUUAAGACUCCUUGAAGUAAAAAACCCAAAACAAACAACACUAAUUUUAUAGAAACUUGGCUUAUUCUUCAUUCUCUGGUCACUCUCCCAUUAUUUUGCCUAUCAUUAGAAACCAAUGAAAGCUGUGAAGAUUUGUGUUUGUGAAUUAGCUAGCGGAUGAUGUACAGAUUGGAGUGGAUUUUAUUUCAUGCCUUCAACCAAACUUAAGUUGUGCUUUUUUCCCCUAAAUCUUGUGGGACAUGAAUUCGUCUCCUUGACUUGAGGUGCUGGCAUGUUUCUGUUCUCCUUUUUCAUAUAUCUCUGUAUACACAUUCUGUGCAUUGUUUACUACAAAACUAGUAUUGAUGAAAACACUUUGAGGUAAAUCAUUUGUAAUGCUUGUUAACUAUUAGUGUGUACAUUUUUUAAUACACCGUUUCUUUACCUCAAUUAAUUUAAAGGAAUGGACCAAUAAAUGUAUUAAAAGAUGAUUUCUUUA